ACCGUGCUCCUUGGUUGGUCCAGUGGCAGCCAUCAGCGGCCAUGGGGGAUCCAUCUCCGGCGGACACCAAGUAAGCAGGUUUACUCUCAAGAGUACACUGGAUAGCUGUCUACCUCCUCCAUGCCAUUCAAUUAAAGGGAAGGAAUACUGCUUGAACAUGGCAGAGAUAGUCAGUUCUGCAAUUGUCCAGGAGACAGUUAGCCAAAUCCUAUCUGGUCUUGCUCAAAAAUAUGAGGUGAAAGAGGAAUCUAAUUCUAGCAGAAACUUGGAGAGGCUAGAGAUGGCACACAUCAAGAUGGAAUCUGUGCUCCACGUGACCGACAAAUGGCAAAUCACUGAUGUGCCACUACUACGGUGGCGGAGCAAGCUGAAGCGUGCUGCCCAGGAGUGUGGUGAUACGUUGCAAAGGUGCAAGCAGCGUGCCAUAGAAGAGCAAGAGAUCAGGCAGCGGGUGAGUCAGUUAUCAUAUCCCAAGCGGAUUGCUUAUGCUACCAAGUCAUUCAUCUCAUCUAUUACUCGAUCUAGUAAUGACGAGUCAAGAAGUAGUUCUACUGAUGUUGUUCAAAGAUUUGAGAGGUUUGCAGAUGGAGCAAAUGAAUUCCUUAAAUUUGUUGAGUUCAGUGCAACCCCACGGCAGUACAUGUUCUUCAACCAUCUCAUCAGCAACCUUCUUAGAGGGAAGGCUCUUAGGUACCAAGCAUUUCAAGGAAGAAGAUUUUACUUCCUAGGCAUACGACCCAUGAGCUCUCCAGAUCGUGGAGUAGAGGCGAUGGUAGGCUUUGUUUGCCAUGACUUCAGGGAACUUACAAAGGGUUUCAGGCUAGGAUUCAUGCUACGUCUGUCUGAAAGUACAGAUGUAUUCGGUGUUAUAAUCAAGUGCAUGCAGUCAGUCGCACCUCACUUCAAGUUUGCAGCUGAAGGUGUCAAGAGAGAGCUCAUCCAGUUGCCUACCCAGGAUUUUUCUUGGGUAACACAAUCUCCUUAUGGUGAAAGUGCAUACUGGUUCAAUGUCCACAACACUUUGACUCAAUGGUUUCGUCCAAACCCUCUCUGCUGCAAUCAGCAUGAGCAGAAUUUGAGCGUUUCAUCUAGAACCAACAAGACAGCAGCUUCAUCGUUGAGACUAUUGUCAAGUAUAUUUCCAGAGGAGGUUAUUUCAAUGUUUUUGCAGUGCCAUGUCUCACUAUCUUAUGAUCAUAAAUACAUUCGAAGUUCUGGUGUUGAACACAAAGGAAGUAGUUCUGUGAAUUCAGAUAUGCCUCUGUUAAAGCUAGGAGUUUUGUUCUUACCACAUGACUCCCUAGAGGAUGUAGAGACUGAAACCGAGAGCUAUGCUUUGGAAGUGAUUGGUGAAGAGGUGCAGGAAAUGGUUCACAAGAAUGCAUGCCUACAAGAUAUCGAUGAGAAGUUGCUGCCAAAAGCCAUAGAUUACCUCUAUCAAAACAAAGAGUCAAGGAUGUAUCAAAUGUGUCUGAAGUCUAGCCAUGGCACUGCAAACCUUUGUGUGGAGAAGACAAGAAGGCGUCGAAGUAAAGCCUCCAGAUCACUGAUUUUGGAUAAAAGCGUAGUCCAACAGCGAGAUAAUUACAGCAUAGCAGGAUGGAAGGAGGUGGCCAAAGAGGACCUACUUAAGCUUUGGGUUGUGCGUUCAUCUGACAAGAUGGAAGGCUCGAUCUGAUCCUGCGCCGGCCAUGCAUAACUUGAUGGGUCAGCACAAGUGAAAAAUAUAGCUGAUCAUUUCCACAUAUGUGUAUGUCUAAUGUCUGUGACCCUGUGUAUGUUCAUUGCAUCUUGUACUUGUCCAUGUCAUGUAAGAGCUCUGUAUGGUGUAAUCUGUUUUCUGAUAUAUAUACUUUCCUCACGAUUGUUGUGCUUCCAU